AUGUCCUCGCCAAGCGUUCGUAAUCCCGUCCAGAGAAACCCUGGUACCACCCACAAGUCUCGCAAGGGUUCGGGUUCCAGCGCUGCGUCCUCAAGGCCGGAGAUCACUACCCCCAAGAACAAGAAGACUCCCCGCAAGCUGCAGACCAGAACGCCCCAACCCGUCGAGGAAGACGUUGACGACGAGAAGCCUCCAACUCCAUCUCCUCAACCGACGAAGAAGAAGUUUCAGCCCGAGUCCGUGCAGCCUGAGGUAUCGCUUGCACCGGAAGGCAACCGGGACGAGCCAGAGCAGCAAGAGGAGGACAAGACGGCACUCCCUGCCAGGCCGAAGAAGAAGAGGUCCAAGCCCGAGGCUGAGCAGCGGGGCAUUUCGUCCCCCCUCCCGGGUGAUGUCCAGCCGCAAGCAUCCGGCUCUGCAAGCCGAGGCGAUAAGGCCACGGACUUGACAGGCACAGCCAAGGCCCUUGGUGGUAAGGUGAAGGAUACUGCGCAGGACACCAGAGAGGAAGUCAAGGAGGACGUUCCCUCUACCCCUCUUGACCUGUCCGCCUUGAAGGGCCUUGAGAUUGGUGAAGGUGGUCAGGUCGUCGGCAAGGACGGAAACCCUUUGGGACGAGUCGUGGAAGGCGAGCCUGAGGAUCUUGUUGGCCAGGAAGUGGGUGACGAUGGAGAGAUUCUUGACGAAGAUGGUGAUCUCAUUGGUCGCGUGGAACUUCUGCCUGACGCUGCGCAGAAUCUCGCCGACAAGGCGAAGGAUGUUCCAGAACAGGCUGAGAAUGUUGCCUCGCAAGCCAAGGGCACCGCAGACGAGACUGCCAAUCAAGCCAAGGAUAAGGUCGAAGAGACUGUUGACCAGGCGGACGACAAGGCGGAAGAAACGACUGAGCAGGCCAAGAAUACCGUGACUGAGCUUGCCAACCUCGAUGGUCUUCCCGUCUCGGAAGAAGGGCUCAUCAAAAACAAGGACGGCCAAGCCAUCGGCAAAGUCGCUGAGGGAGACCCGGAAGAUCUUGUUGGCUAUACUGUGAACGACAAGGGAGAAAUUGUCGACGAAGACGGCGACCUAAUCGGCCGGGUGGAGCUCUUACCACAAGAAGCCCAGGAUGUUACUGAUAAGGCUAGGGAGAUUCCCGAGCAGGCCGACGACGCUGUAGAACAAGCCAAGGACAAGGCCGAAGAGACGACGGAACAGGCAAAGAAAACUGUGACUGAUCUUGCCGACCUCGACGGCCUUCCUGUGUCUGAAGGCGGAGUCAUCAAAGACAAGUCCGGCCAAGUCGUCGCGAAGAUUGCCGAGGGUGAUGCGGAGGACCUCGUUGGCUACACUCUGAACAAUGAAGGCGAGGUCCUGGAUGAGGAUGGCGAUCCGAUCGGCCGCGCGGAAAUCGUCUCCCAACAAGCCAAGGACGUAACAGAUGGGUUCGACGACACCGAGAAGUUGGCCCCUGAAGAUCAGAGCACCCAAGAGGACGUCGCAAAGCAAGCAGUUGAGAGCGUCCAGCAGCAAGACGUGGAUGACACAGCAGAGAAGGCCGAGUCCGCAGCUGACGACACCAAGGAAGAGGCCGAGGAACAGCUGCCACCACUUUCCUCGCUUGAAGGCAUGAAGUGCACUAAAUCAGGCAAGAUCGUCGAUCCGGACACUGGCAAGCCCAUCGGUGAGCUUGUCGAAGGCGAUGCAAAGAAGAUCUCCCGCAUGGGUGCUCAAUUGGACGACAAGGGCCAGUUCUGGGACAACCGUGGUAACGUUAUCGGCAAGGCAAAAUCCCUUCCUGUUGAGGAUUACGAGGGCGAGCCACCCUUCGCUGGCCUGGAAGGCCUCCACGUCGUUGAGGACGGAUGGGUAGAAGACGAGAAUGGCAAGCGAGUCGGCAAGAUCGUUCAAGGAGACCCGAAGAAGCUGCUUGGACGUGCGGUCGACGAAGACGGCGAUAUCACUGAUAAGAACGGCAAUGUCAUCGCACAGGCUGAAUACUACGAAUCACCCGACGAGCCAGAGCCGGAGAAGCCUGACCUUUCUCAGCUGAACGGCUUGAAGCCUAACAAGCUGGGAUUUGUUAUUGGUCCAGACGGCGUGCCCAUUGCCCGCGUGAUAGAGGGGAAUCCAAAAGAACUGGCUGGCAAAGAGAUUGAUGAUGGCCAGAUCUGGGACGGCCGCAAACCCAUUGGACGUGUGGAGCUCAUCCCGGAAGAGGAGCGCGACAAGAAGCCCGAAGGCGUGUUUGCCGGUCUUGACAACCUUGUCGUCAAUAAGGAAGGCUUCGUCGAGGAUGACGAAGGCAAUAUUGUCGGCAAAGUGACCGAGGGCGACCCCAAGAAGCUCAGGGGCCGCGCCGUCGAUGAAGAUGGAGACAUCAUCGACAAGUACGGCAACGUUAAAGGGCAUGCCGAGCCUUACGAGCCAGAAGAGGAGGAGGAAGAGAAGCCGGAUCUUUCCGUCUUGGAGGGAAAGAUCGUCAACAAGGCUGGCAACGUCGUUGACGCCCAGGGCAACAUCUACGGACGUAUCGUUUCCGGAGAUGGUAAGCGCCUCGCUGGCAGAAAGGUGGACGGCCAGGGUCAAAUCUGGGGUGACAAUGGAAAAGUCAUUGGCAGAGCAGAGAUCGUCCCGGGUGCAGAGCAGGAGAAGCCCGAAGGACAGUUCUACGGAUUCGACAAUGUGGAAGUUGGCAAAGAUGGCUUUGUCAUGGCCGGCGGCCGUAUCAUCGGCCGUGUCAUCGAAGGCGAUGCCAAACGACUCCUUGGUCGUAAGGUCGACGAAGACGGAGACAUUCUCGACAAGAAUGGCAACAUCAUCGGCAAGGCUGAACGCUUGGAGCCAGAGGAGAAGAAGCGUGAUGUCAACCCCAUGUCUGGCCGAAAGGUCAACAAAGAGGGCGAGAUCCGUGAUGCUGACGGUAAUCUCAUUGGCAAAUUGACAUCGGGCAAUCUGCCAACGCUUGUCGGCAAGUCAAUCGAUGACAACGGUUAUGUUGUCGACAACGACGGAAACAAGCUGGGCGAGUGUACUCUGCUCGAGAACCUGCCAGAGGAAGAGGAACCGGAACCAGGUCUCACCCAAGAGGAGUCGGAGGCCCAGAAGAAGGCCGAGCAAGAUAGAGACCUGGCGAAGAAGAUGGCCGGUAUCAUCAGACAGACUCUCGAUCGUCUUCAGCCUACCUGCAAGAGGAUUGCCGAGCUGCUCGAGAAAGCCGAUCGCACACCACGCGACGAAUUGGACGAAGAGAAGCUCGUCAAGGAAGUCCGACCCCUGAUCGAAGAGGGCGGGCAGGUCCUCCAGGAAUGCAACGGAGCCAUCCGUGCUUUGGAUCCCGAUGGCUCAAUUGCUUCGACUGCCAAGGCUCGCGCUGCAUCCCACGAAGCAUCUCCUGAGGAGUACGCUCUCGCUGAGAAGAUCAAGGAGCUGAGUGAGCUGGUGAUGACCACGAUUGAGAACGGCCGCAAGAGGAUCGCAGACAUGCCUCAUGCCAAGAAGAAAAUCAACCCUCUGUGGGCCCUGCUCAGCGAUCCUCUCUUCCAGAUCAUCGCGGCUGUUGGUCUGCUUCUUAGCGGUGUGUUGGGCCUUGUCGGUCGUCUCCUCGACACCCUUGGAUUGGGUCCUCUUCUGAAUGGUCUGCUGGGUGGACUCGGUCUCGAUAAGCUCCUUGGUGGAUUGGGACUGUCGUCUCUGACGGAUUCUUUGGGGAUAACUGGAAGCAAGAAGGACUAA